AUGAAGCUUUUUGCCGGCCUAUCCGUUUUGAUCCACCUAUUGCUUCCUGCAACCUGUUUUGCUGCCAAGUCAUUCUCAGCGUCCAACCUUUACUAUGCUGCCGGCUUGAACGCCCAGCAACAGAUAUUUCUCUUUGAGGGUCUCCAGAGUGCAGGAGUCAAAGUCUUGCGUGUUUGGCUUGACGGACAGUCCGGCAGUGAAAAGGGCACCACUUUUGAGGCGUUUAAUGGUCUUCAAGGUGAUGGCCCUGAAGACUGGGACGACACCGUACUGAACCGACUCGACAACUUCAUGGCCAGAGCUCAUGGUUACGGAAUCAAACUACUGAUCUCUAUCCACAGCUACAAUGCACUUGAGUUGAACCGCGAUUUCUAUGGAAAGUGGUACGGCACUGGUGAUUUCUACACUAAAAACGACGCUAUUGGGUAUUUCAAGGCUCGCAUCGCCCAUGUCCUUGCACAUGUCAACCCUAACAAUGGCAAAACUUGGGCUCAAAGCUCCGAAUACAUCUUUGCAUUUGAGGCGCAAAAUGAGGCCAUGCAUCCUCAGGUAUUAAUCGUCUUUACGACCGACUGUGUGCAGUUUGAUACGACUAACAACUUCUUACCUCUCAGGGAAACGUACCGGCUUUGA